GUCCCUAGACCAGGACAAUAGGCUGUAACGCGACGGUACUAUUUCGCGUCAGAUCCACACGACGAGUGCCAUUCGUCAGAAAGAAAUACCCGUCAAAAGUCGCCACUGCUACUUACCGUGUCUAGAUAUGACUAACCUAGUGGAGAUCGGGCAACAGAAAUUUUUUUCGCUUUUGUUUCCAAAUGAGAAAAAAGAGCGGUCACCCCCGCAACGGCUCAAUGUCGUCUGCCUGUCAGUAUAUAAUUCUGCUUUGAAGGCUUCUCACUCUGCAUCAUCCCUCCUUUUCUCCUCUUUCCGGUAUAGCAUUCACUCCUUGCUUGCACCUCUAAACCUCUCACCUCUUCCAUUCCUUUCACACAUCCCAUCCACCCAACAUGUCGUCCGAAGGCGAUAUCAUGAUUGAGCCAGCGACUAUCAAGGAGCUGCAGCUCCUCGAGGCCAGCCUGUCCGAUGUCGACACUGAGAUCACAGCCAAGCAGUUCCUCAUGACGCGGGACAUCUUCGCCCAGCGCCAACAGACCAUUGCCAAGAUCCCCAGCUUCUGGGCUGUCGUCUUUGAUAAUGCCGCCUCGGAGCUCGAGGCCGCCAUCACGCCCUCCGACGCAGAGAUUUUCGCAAAGGCCCUGACCCACCUCGAGGUGACACGGCCUGAGAUUCCUGCCGGUGCUCAGCCCAGCGACUCUGGCUUAGACAAGUUCGGCGAGCCGCGCAGCGUCACAAUCAAGUUCCAUUUUAAGCAGAACGAAUGGUUCAACGAUAGCGUGCUCGAGAAGACACUGUACUACCGCUACGGCAAGGAUGGCUCGGCCGGCCUCGUCUCCGAGCCCAUUCGCAUCAACUGGAAGGCCGGUAAGGACCUGACGGAGGGUCUCACCGACGCCGCCUACGGCUUCUGGAUCGCCCAGAAGAAUCAGGCCAGCCAACAGCUUGACGGCGUGCUCUCGGGUGACGCCCGCAAGGCCCGUGACGCCGCCGCCAAGGCCAUGUCCGAGUUCAAGGCGCUCGCCCAGCUGCUCGAGGACAAGGUCACCGGCGCCGUCAGCUUCUUCAACUUCUUCUCGUACCGUGGCCGCUGGAUCAGCGCCGCCGAGAACCACGAGGCCCGCGCUGAGCUGCACGCCCGUCGCCAGGCUGCCCUUGCUGGCAAGCCUGAAGAGGAGGAUGACGAUGAUGAUGAUGAAGAGUACCCCGAAGAGGAUGUCGAGACCUUCCCUCCCGGACAUGAGGUCGCCGUCACUAUCGCUGAGGAUAUCUUCCCCAGUGCUAUUGACUACUUUAUGUCCGAGACUAUUGAUAGUGAUGAUGAGCUGGACGGCAUCGAGAUUGACUCGGAUGAUGAUGAGGAUGAGGACGUCGAGAUGGCAUGAGUAUUGGAAUGAACGACUGUUAUGAAUGAAUGAUGGCUUAAUCGAGGUAAACAAAAAUGGCGCGGGAGAGGAGCAUGUAUCUAGUCGUGCUGUUUAGACUAGCUGGGCAUGCUAUACAGUGCAGUGCAGCUAAUGGCCCAGCGAAAUACAAAUAAGAACAAGGACAAAAAUUCAUCUAUUGUAAC